AUGGAUCCCCACCAGGACCUGUACGAGGUCCCUGGGGACCAACUGGGUGCCUUCGUGGAGCAGAACCUUCAGCCCCGGGGCGACUGGAAAGAGGAGGUGCAGGAUGCCAAGCAGAGAGUGGAGAGGUUUCUCCGAGAGCAGUGCUUCCGAGAUGAGCUGGUUGUGGGUCAGGAAGUCCGGGUCCUGAAGCUGGUGAAGGGCGGAUCCUCAGGGAAGGGGACGACACUGAACCACUGCUCAGAUCUGGACCUGGUCCUGUUCUUGAGCUGCUUCUCCAGCUUCAGAGACCAGGCGAGGCUCCGAGAAGACGUCAUCGACUUCAUCAAGGAGAAAAUGGAUCACUGUAAGAGGAGCCUGGCCUACAACCUGUCACUGGUGUGGCCCAGAGAGGGCACCAGAGCUCCUCGCUCCUUCUCCUGCCAGGUCCAGUCCAAGAAGAGCAGCGAUGUAGUUCGAGUGGACGUACUCCCGGCUUUUGAUGCUCUGGGACCCUUUUGUCCAGAUAGUAAGCCGUCGCCGGAAAUCUAUGAAGACUUAAUAGCCAGCACCAGAUGCCCCGGGGAGUUCUCCCCAUGCUUCACGCAGCUGCAGAGGCACUUUGUGAAAAACUGCCCAGCUAAACUGAAGGAUCUGCUGCGGCUGGUGAAGCACUGGUACAAGCAUUAUGUAAAAUGUAAAAAUCGAAAAGUACCCUUGCCUUCAAAAUAUGCACUGGAGCUCCUGACCAUCUAUGCCUGGGAAAUGGGCACAGACAAAAGUGACAACUUCGACAUGGACCAAGGCUUGGUCGCCGUGAUGGAGCUCCUGAGGGACCACGAGGAUGUCUGUGUUUACUGGACCAAGUACUACGAUUUCCAAAGCGAGGUGGUCACAAAGUGUAUCAAACAGAAGUUGAAGGAACCAAGACCCGUCAUCCUGGACCCAGCUGACCCUACCAAUAAUUUGGGGAAGGGGAAGAGGUGGGACUUGGUGGCCAAAGAAGCUGUGCGUUGCUUACGUCAGGCCUGUUGCCAGACUGAAGACCCCAGCCAGAGCUGGGAGGUACAGCGAGCAAGAGAUGUCCGCGUGACGGUGAGAAAGACGGGCGAGUACAACUUGACUUUGUUCGUGAACCCCUACAGCCCCGUUUGGAAGAUGAAACCAAUGAUUAAGAGUCAUUAUGGACUCACAGGGCAGCAGCGUCUCUCCUUCCAGAAUCCAGAUGGGGACCGGCAGCUUCUCAGCAGCCAACAAACCCUUGCAGAUUUUGGGAUUUUCUCUAAGGUGAGCAUCAGAGUCCUUGAAACGUUCCCCCCUGAGAUCCAGAUCUUUGUGAAGGAAUUGGGCGGCCAGAAUAAGCCUUAUGCCAUUGACCCUGAUGACUCCAUCUGGGACUUGAAAAUGAUGAUUGAGUCGGCCGGGGGGCCUUUAUUGGAGGACCAGAUACUCAAGUUCCAGGGUCGGCGACUACAGAAUCGUCGCAGCCUCAGAGACCUGCAGAUCGAGGACUGUGACACCGUCACGCUUCUCAGGAAAGGCGGUCCCUGGGUGUAG